AUGUCUGCGAAACUAAAGAAUCAAAAGAAGAGCAAGGAUACUAUUCCACAAGAUGUUGUAGGUGACAUUGGUGACGUUCCAGAGUUGGAUCAAGAGGAGAAGAAGAAGGACAAGGAGUUCAUCCCAUUCGCUUCAACUGAUAGAACAAAGGUACAAAAGAAGAAGAUGUCACCAAAGGAUAUGAAGAAGAAGAGCAAGGGUAUUGAGAAGGCUAUCAUGAGGAAAGAAAAGACAGAGACAUCAAUUGAGAAGAAGUUGAAAAAGACAUUGGUCAAGAAGAGAUGGAACUCUUUGUAUUGA